CGCCGCCAUUUUGUCGGGGUAUAAGAAAACUCCGCCAAGCCACAAAGUUCCUGGUUAGACCUCAAGUUCCUCUUUGUGCAAUGGACGGCCGCCUAGAGACUGACUUGUAUCCUAUGGGAUCGAGUUACGCAGAAUUAGACGUUGUCCAUGAUAUUGCAGUUGGAACGAAGAGAGGAUCUGACGAGCUUUUCUCCUGUGUUUCCAACGGGCCAUAUAUCAUGAGUUCAGCAGCUAAUGGCAACGACAGCAAGAAGUUCAAAGGUGACAUCAGAAGUCCUGGUAUUCCAUCCCGUGUCAUACAUGUACGCAAGCUGCCCAGUGACAUCAACGAAGCUGAGGUCAUUUCUCUAGGCCUUCCAUUUGGCAAAGUCACCAACCUGCUCAUGCUGAAAGGAAAGAACCAGGCUUUCCUCGAGAUGAAUACAGAGGAGGCAGCCCAGACUAUGGUCAGCUAUUAUUCCUCAGUCACACCAGUGAUCAGGAAUCAUCCCAUCUUUAUGCAGUACUCCAACCACAAGGAGCUGAAAACGGACAACUCCCCAAACCAAGUGAGGGCACAGGCAGCGCUGCAGGCCGUAAACGCAGUCCAGACGGGCGGCAUGUCAUUAGCUGGUGUAGAAGCAGGUGGCGUGAGCGGCCCUAGCCCUGUCCUCCGAGUGGUGGUGGAAAACCUCUUCUACCCGGUCACCCUGGAUGUUCUGCACCAGAUCUUUUCCAAGUUUGGCACGGUUUUGAAAGUGAUCACUUUUACCAAGAACAACCAGUUCCAAGCGCUCUUGCAAUUUGCAGAUGGUCUUACUGCUCAACAUGCAAAGCUGGCUCUGGAUGGACAGAACAUCUACAAUGCGUGCUGCACUCUGCGCAUCAGUUUUUCCAAACUCACCAGCUUGAACGUGAAGUACAACAACGACAAGAGUCGGGACUACACGCGGCCUGACCUGCCUUCGGGAGACGGCCAGCCUGCUAUUGAACACCACACGAUGGCUGCGUUUGCUACUCCUGGGAUCAUUUCUGCUUCACCGUAUGCCAGUGCCCAUGCCUUCCCCCCAGCUUUUGCGAUUCAGCAGGCUGCAGGCUUGACCAUGCCGGGUGUUCCUGGAGCCCUGGCCUCUUUGGCAUUUCCCAGUGCAGCGGCCGCUGCAGCGGCAGGCAGACUGGGUUUCCCUACACUUCCCUCCGGUCACUGUGUCAUGCUGGUCAGCAACCUGAAUUCUGAGAGAGUUACGCCCCAAUGCCUCUUUAUUCUUUUCGGUGUAUAUGGUGAUGUUAUAAGAGUAAAAAUUAUGUUCAACAAAAAGGAGAAUGCCCUUAUCCAAAUGUCUGAUGGCACUCAGGCUCAGCUAGCUAUGAGCCAUUUGAACGGACAGAAGUUGUAUGGACGGGCGCUGCGCAUCACUUUAUCCAAACACACGACCGUUCAGCUGCCACGUGAGGGACAUGAGGACCAGGGCCUCACUAAGGAUUACAGUAACUCUCCUCUUCAUCGCUUUAAGAAGCCUGGCUCCAAGAACUACUCCAACAUCUUCCCGCCGUCCUCCACACUGCACCUUUCCAACAUCCCCCCUUCAGUCGUCGAAGACGAUCUCAAGAUGCUUUUUGCCUCUUCUGCUGGCGUGGUCAAGAACUUUAAAUUUUUCCAGAAAGACCGCAAGAUGGCUCUGAUUCAGAUGGGUUCAGUGGAGGAAGCAAUCGAGUCCCUUAUUGAGUUCCACAACCAUGAUCUUGGGGAGAACCACCAUCUUAGAGUGUCCUUCUCCAAGUCCACUAUUUGAACAGGAUAAAAGUGACUGCAGCUGGUAUGAGUCAUUUAAAGACGUACAAUAAAGUUGAGAUGACUUCUCCGAGGCCUCAACCACAAAACUUUCAUCAUUCCACUAUUGUAUUAAGUAAUAUAUCUAGUGGGUUCAUAUGUAACAUUUUAAGUUUAUUUUUUAUGCCUGUAAGGUUGAUUUGUCUAUCUAUAAUCACACCUUUUUGAGCCUUUAAUUUUCAGCUGAUUUCAUUUCGCAUUGGUGGACCCUUGCCUUGAAAGUGCUGCUGAAUAUUCCCCCCCUCCCAGAAGUACUUCUUGUGCCUUACAUUAUCUUGCAGUUAAGCGCUGUGUGAUAUCAUACCAUUUAGUAUAAACAAUAUUUUGAUAUGACUCACCAACGUUUCUAAAGACUUUCCAAUCCAUUUUGUAUGCUUGUGUAGCUGAAUGAGAUUCCAUUUUGUUUCCUACAGCUGCAGGACUUUUUGAUCAAUCACAGCCUUGAGGCCAGUUCCUUUUGCUUUCUACAUUCCCAGUAGCUUUGAGUCUUAUCACAUACUGUAAUGAUAGACAUAGACUGUUUACAUUCCUUUUUUUUUUUUUUAAUUAUUAUUAUUUAAUGCAAUAAUUUGUGUACAAAUCAUAUUGUAAGUAUGUUUGGGUUUUGAUGCUGUUGGCCAUCGCAUGUUGGCCUUUUGGUCUGUGGCUCUCACUUCUUCUUUUCCUAUACAAUUUAUUCUGUACUUUUUUUCAUAGACCUUAAGUAUUGCCUUAAUGUAUCACAAGGCAUUGUUUUGUAACUAUUCUAUUGUAAUGCCUGAUAUAUUUGGUGUAUUCUUGAAUCUUUUUUUUUUUUUUUUUUUUUUUUUUUUUUUUUUUUUUUUAAAAUGUACACUACAGCUUGAAACCAAAGCCUUUAUUCAGCUUUCAGUCAUGAGCCUAAUGUAUUCCUCCCAAUUAGAUUUGGCCAGAUAGAAAUAUAGAAGUGUUCAUGUGGUUUGUGUUUUUAUUUUUUUUUUAUUUUUAUUUUUUUUAUUUUUUUAAAAAGUAAAAAAACUGAGUCAUUUGCUUUAGGGUUUAUUACAAACCAGUAACGAUUAUGAUUGUGCUUGCUGUAAGUCCGCUCUCUUUUUCCUUCUACUACUAAGAUGAUGUUUUAUUUGCAGUCCUGCAAUCUGUGUAUCUUCAUCACAUGCUUGUGACAGGAUAUGUUUUUUUUUUUUUUUUUUUUCCCAUUUCUUUUAAAUAGAUCUUUUAAUCUUGGCCACGUAUACAGUAGAGGGUUUGUUUGUAUGAAAAAGGACUCUUUGGACUUUCAUAAGCAUAUUAGGUUUUUGUGCAUGGGACCAAUGUCAUUACUUUCCAGAAAAUAUGACUUUUAAUCAUUCCACACGACAGAUUUCCUAAUCUUUACUUUUUUCUUAAAUUUUUAACGUGAAACCUGUGACCGGUUGCCAUGUUUUAGAGGACCAUAUAAUCCAGUCUUUUGAAAAUGGCGGGUCUUAUGCAUCUGCACAGCAUUUGCCUUAUAACGGUUUUUAUGAUGACUUUUUUUUUUUUUUUUUCCUUUUUUCUUAAAGAGGAUAGAUGAGGUGUAAAUACUAUUUUUAUACCACAGUGUUAAAAAGCAAUAGGGUUUUUUUUUUGUUUUUUUUUUUAUAUAUAUAUAUAUAUCUGAAAGCAAAUGUAUAUUUUGACUAUAGUAAUGGACCAUGAGCAUGGAAAAAAAAAAAAGAAAAAGAAAUUGGAUUUAUUAAAACAAAACAAAACAAAAAAAAGGUAGGAGUAUACAACCUUUUUCCAAAUCUAAUGUUUCUUUAACAGUCCUUCAGAUGGAGGUUGUACUUUCUAUUUAUCGUCAUUAAACAUUUGUUUACUGGAA